CUUUGGUAAUGGAAAGCAUUACUGUGAAGAGAUGAGGUGGGAUGCGGUGGAGAGCGGGCUCAGCACACUGAGGGGAUCAGCAUGGAUGUGGAUGGUUUCUGCUGUCAAAGAAAAGUGAAGCCACGGUGACCUUGUGUUUGGCUGGUAGAUGUUGAUAGAAGAAGAGACAUCAUGGGUUUGUCACACUGGACAUCGGUGAACAUCUUCCUUUUGGCAUGCAUACGCCUAAGCCUUCAGGAGGUAACGCCCACUGAAGACUUCUCACCGUCAGAAGAAGAACUGAUUGUAUCACGUACUUUCUCCCCAAUUGGUCUUGCCCCAGUGACAGAAUAUCCUCCUUCAGAGGCACCUACAUGGCUUGAUGAUAAUGAAGCUUCAUUUUCUGAUGAAAGUCACACAGAUAUGUAUCUGGUGCAUGGUCCAACCUAUAAUACACCAGUUCUAGAAUCAGACCAACUUCAGAUUGAUAUGUUAUUACUUGACAAAAGCCAGGAAACAGAUGAAUAUGUGCAGACUGCCACUCCAAUUUAUGAGCUAACAGACAGACACCGGACAGUGGUGGCUAUUGUAGAACCUCCAAUGGUGCCUCUUGUGACAGACUCUUAUGGAUCAGCAUCUCCUUGGCCUGAAAUCUCGUCACAGUUACCCUUUACGCCUGACUUUACUACUGUUAAUGUUUCAAUAGAACUAAUUCCAGAGGCUGUAACCUCCUUGGAAACAUUGUUAUACCCUUUACUUGAAGAGGAUGAUGUACAGCCUGUAAAUUCAACAGUUCUGAGUAGCACUGGACCUCAGACGGAUGCAGACUCUUCACUGCCAUAUAUCUGGGACAUAAGCAAGCAAGCAGUUACUGAUUCUCGGCUACAUGAAGAUGAACCCACUGAAAUGGCAUCUUUUGAAGUGCCCACUAAAGAAAAUAACAUGGAUGAAGUAAAUGCUACUGAAGAUGCACCAUUUGUUAUAUCUGAAGUAAUUCCUGAUAAGAUCUUAGAAGUCUCAGCAGAGAAAGAUGUCCACCAAACAUAUGAGGACGUAUCUAACGUAGCAUCAACAAUGACAGUAAACAUCACUGGUAAGAAACAUAUUGCCAUAUUUAAGAGACAGGAAAGCAUUACUUGUGUGGUUUAA